AUGGCCAACGAAGCUGCCAAGGCCCUCGAGGCCCUCCAGGUUUCCAAGACCAAGGAGCUCAAAGGAACCGAGAAGCGUGACUUUUUGAUCUCUCUUGAGAAGAAGUACCAGCGCAAGUGGUCCGAGGACAAGAUCUUCGAGGUGGACGCCCCCUCCACUAAGGAGGUUCCCCUGCACUCCAUCACCGCCGCCGAGCUGCGCGAGCAACAACCCAAAUGGAUGGGAUGUAUGGCCUUCCCUUACAUGAACGGUCGUCUUCACGCUGGCCACUUGUUCUCCGUGAGCAAGGUCGAAUUCGCCGCCGGUGUCGCUCGUAUGCAAGGAAAGCGUGCUCUGUUCCCCAUGGGAUGGCACGCGACCGGUAUGCCCAUCAAGGCCGUCGCCGACAAGCUCAAGAACGAAGUUGCCUGGUUCGGCCGUGACUUCGAGGGCUACAAGGAGGAGGAGGAGGUUGUCGUUGACGAGAAGCCUGCUGAUGCUAAGGCAACCCGCGAGGACAUAACCAAGUUCUCCACCAAGAAGAGCAAGGCCAAUGCCAAGACUAUCAAGGCCAAGUACCAGUUCCAAAUCAUGGAGGCCAUGGGUAUUCCGAGACAAGAGAUUCAUCUCUUUGCCGACGCAUCAUACUGGCUGGACUUCUUCCCCCCUCUGGCUCAGGAGGAUCUCACAAGCCUUGGAUUCAGAAUCGAUUGGCGUAGAUCUUUCAUCACCACCGAGGCUAACCCCUACUUUGAUGCUUUCGUUCGCUGGCAGAUGAUCCGUCUCAAGGAGCUCAACAAGAUCAAGUUCGGCAAGAGAUACACCAUCUACUCAAUCAAGGAUGGUCAGCCCUGCAUGGACCACGACCGAGCUGAGGGUGAAGGAGUUGGUCCCCAGGAGUACACCGGAUUGAAGAUGAAGGUCCUUGAGUGGGCACCCAAGGCCGAGGAGGCUCUCAAGUCUCAGCUUCCUGCGGACGCAAAUGUCUUCCUCAUUCCCGCCACCCUCCGUCCGGAGACGAUGUACGGCCAAAACGCUGUUUUCGUGUCUCCCAAGAUCACCUACGGCGUCUUCAAGGCUACGGAGACGGACUACUACGUUAUGACUGAGCGUGCCGCCCGCAACAUGGCCUACCAGGGUCUCUUCCUCGCGGAGGGAGUUGUUGACGAGACUGCUAAGAUUGACGGUUCCGCCCUCAUCGGUACUCGUGUUAAUGCACCUUUCUCUGUCCACAAGGACGGCGUUCGUGUUCUUCCCAUGGAUUCUAUCCUGCCCACUAAAGGUACCGGUGUGGUCACUUCCGUCCCCUCGGACAGUCCCGCCGAUUGGGUCAUGACCAUGGAUCUCCGCAAGAAGGCAGCCUACUACGGCAUCGAGCAGGAGUGGGCCGAGCUUGAGAUCAUCUCCAUCAUCAACACUCCUUCUGGUGACAUGAUUGCCAAGACCUUGGUUGAGCAGCUGAAGAUUGCCUCUCCCAAGGACACUGUCCAGCUUGACAAGGCCAAGGAGACCGCUUACUCUGAGGGUUUCUACAAGGGAACCAUGAACAUUGGCGAGUUCAAGGGCGAGUCUGUCGAGUCCGCCAAGCCCAAGGUCCGCCAGGCCCUCAUUGACCAGGGACUCGCCUUCGUCUACUCCGAGCCUGAGCGCAAGGUCGUCAGUCGCUCCGCAGAUGACUGCAUCGUCUCCCUGAUGGACCAGUGGUACCUCGACUACGGUGAAGAGUCCUGGAAGAAGACCGCCCUUGACUGGGUUGAGAACACAGAUGGCAAGGGCUUGAACACGUUCAGCCCUGAGACCAAGAACGCAUUCCAGGGUGUCCUCAACUGGCUCAACCAGUGGGCAUGUGCCAGAUCGUACGGUCUUGGUUCCAAGCUGCCUUGGGACCCCCAGUUCCUCGUCGAGUCUCUCAGUGACAGCACCAUUUACAUGGCAUACUACACCAUUGCCCCCUACCUCCACAAGGACAUCUUUGGCAGAGAGCAGGGCACCGGCGGUAUCGCCCCUGAGCAGAUGAAGGAUGAGGUUUGGGACUACGUCUUCUGCCGCCGCGAGCUUGAUGAUAAGCUCGUUGCCGAGUGCAAGAUUCCCAAGGAGACUCUGGAGAGCAUGCGCCGCUCCUUUGAGUACUUCUACCCUCUCGACCUUCGCAGCUCUGGAAAGGAUCUGAUUGGCAACCACUUGACCUUCUUCCUCUACAUCCAUCUCGCCAUCUUCAGCCCCGAGUACUGGCCCAAGGGUAUCCGCACCAACGGUCACCUCAUGCUUAACGGCGAGAAGAUGAGCAAGUCGACCGGUAACUUCAUGACUCUGCAGGAUGUUGCUCGCAAGUUCGGUGCCGACGCCGCCCGUAUCGGUUUAGCCGAUGCCGGUGACACCAACGGAGACAGCAACUUUGAGGAGGACGUUGCUAACCAGGCCAUUCUUCGUCUCCACACUCUUAGAGAAUGGUGCGACGAUGUCGUCAAGAACAAGGGCGAGCUUCGAACGGGCGAGUACAACUUCUUUGACAAGGUGUUCAACAACGAGAUGAACGUCAUUGCCAAGGAGGCCAUCCACCAGUACUCCGAGACUGCUUACAAGCUGGCCCUGAAGGCGGCUUUCUACGACUUUAACAACGCUCUUUCCUUCUACCGUGAGAGCAGUGCCUUGUCCAAGAUGCACGUUGACUUGGUCCUGCGAUACAUUGAGCUCCAGGCUCUUCUUCUCGCUGUCAUCGCGCCGCAUUGGUCCGAGUCAGUCUGGAUUGAUAUCCUCGGCAAGCCUACGUCAAUCCAGCAGGCGACAUUCCCCGAGAUCCCGGAGACGAAUGCGGCUCUUACAGCGGCGAGAAAGUACAUUUCAGUGACGGCUUCCAACGUCAACUCUGCCGAGUCUCUUCAGUUGAAGAAGAAGGCCAAGGGCAAGGAGACAUCCUUCGACCCCAAGAAGCCCAAGAAGCUCACCAUCUUCAUGAGCGAAAAGUUCCCGCAGUGGCAGCAGGCUUACAUUGACCUGUUGAAGGAGAUGUGGAACCCCGAGACCAAGUCUGCGGACGACAAGGCGCUCAACGGCAAGAUUUCCAAGAUGGGUGAGAUGAAGAAGGCCAUGCCGUUUGUGCAGGGUCUCAAGAGACGUCUGCAGACGGGCGAGCCCGCGAGCGCCGUUCUCGAGCGCAAGCUGGCGUUUGACGAGAAGGCCGUGCUCGUGGACAUGAUUGACGGUCUCAAGCGCAGUGCCAACCUCGUCGAGGUGAAGAUUAUUGCGGUUGAGGAGGGCGGCAAGAAGGGCACUGAUUUGGUCACCGGAGCUGUGGAGGAGAGCCUCGCGCCCAACGCCGAGGGCGCGGUACCGGGUGCUCCCAAUUUCUUGUUUGCCAAUGUCGAGUCAUCAUAA